AUGGCCGAUUUACCGUCUUACCGAGUCCAACCUCAUCGACCGUUCUCACAUGUCGGUAUGGAUUAUGGAGGUCCGUUCCUCGUAAAAGAGCAUCGUCAUCGGAAUGCUCAAGUAAUCAAAGUGUAUCUGGCGUUGUUCAUAUGUAUGUCGGUUAAGGCGGUCCAUCUCGAAAUUGUGUCGGACUUGAGUACAGAUGCUUUCCUCGCGGCCUUAGAUCGUUUUGUUGCGCGACGUGCUGAAGACUUUAUUUCGCGAAGCCAAAAUUCAAGACCGUCUGUCGUCGCAUUUAUCGUGUACCUAACCUGGCACUUCAAUCCGCCUGCCGCGCCUCAUUUCGGCGGCAUUUGGGAAGCCGGCAUCAAGAGCGUCAAAAAUCACCUCAAGCAUGUCAUCGGUCUACAAAUACUGACUUACGAGGAGUUCCUCACCUUAACCAUUCGCAUCGAGGGCAUCUUAAACUCUCGACCUAUCACGCCGACUUCAUCCGACCCGCACAACCUGAGUGUGUUAACACCGGGACACUUCCUGAUCGGACAGCCGAUACACGCCGUGCCCGAACCUGACAUUACCGACGUCCAAGUUAACCGUUUGAACCGUUGGCAGCUCAUUCAACAGUGCCAUCAAUCAUACUGGAAACGGUGGUCACACGAGUACUUGUCCACGUUGCAAAGCCGGCAGAAAUGGUAUAAAACGUCCCCGAAUCUAGCGAUCGGUGACAUGGUCAUCGUCGAAGCUCCUACUCGACCCCCGACUGAGUGGCGACUCGGCCGAGUUACAGAGGUUUACCCGGAACCAGAUGAUGUUGUACGCGUUGUAUCCGUGCGCACCCAGGACGGCAUCUACAAGCGCCCCGUCGUAAAACUUGUGCGUCUCCCGGUUGAACCCUCAACUUAA